CCGCUAUGAAAAAUAUACUUGUGCUUUGCACUUUUUUAUUGAUCGGUGUAGUUUAUGGGACUGUUAAUAAUGGGACUAGUUAUGAAGUAAAGGAAGACUCCAUCGAAAGACAUAGCAAAAUACUGUCCAGGAGGAAGAGAUUUUUGAUAUUCCCCGAUGGCAGUUCAUUUCAAUUGGUAUUCUGUGCCCAAAACCAGGGGUACUUACAAAUAGGGGACAUCGUCUGGUUCGGAAACACCGCCGCUUUGGCGUGGGAGCUGCCCUCAGACCCGCAACUCUUUUAUAUGUUGAAAGAACAAAGCAAGAUAUACAGUACUAGAAGAGAGGAUACGAAGCAUAUUUAUUACCUGGAUGAAGCUGGCAAGGUCCUGAGUAAGGUGCCGUAUAGAAGGAGGCCUAUUGUGAAUCCAGCCUUUGCUAAGCGGAGCAUCAAAGGAGUAACUCCAAGUGACAACAAUUCGACUGCACCAUGUAUCAAGGAUAUGCACGAAAGAGAGAAACGGAGAGAUAUUUUCAAAGAGUUAGAGAAGGACAGAAUCGAGUUUCAUAGGCAGUCGAAGAAGAACUUCUAUGGGAAGAUGGAAAUUGUUUUUGAAGGGCUUGGCAUGCAUGGUAAAGACUGCGUUCUUCGGAUGCUAUGUCAAUCAGCUUAUUCAAACAACGUCCAGGGAUCCUUCUUGGAAGAAAUUGUAAAGGCGACAUUUACAUUGCCCCGAGGUCGCGGGUUUGAUUCCGAGCCGCAUAAGCAGUACGAUGUAGCCCAUGGGACCGGCGGCGACUGUACCCAGAAGUAUCCGAAUUGUAAUAUUUCUGUUAUUUGA